AUGACCUUUCUCGGGGUGUUGAGUGCAGCUCUGGCAGCGGCUGGCCUCGGAUGGUAUGUCAUUCUAUGGGCUUUGUGCCUACUUGGCUGGUCUGUUGCGAAGAAGUUGUUCAGUGCGUCUUGGCCGCGCUCACCCCUGUCGUCUACGGAUCCACCACGCAACGAAGCCGUGCAAGGUGUCUCCAUCCUUCGUCCGUUAGCCGGCCUAGACUGCAAUUUGUACACCAAUCUGUGCUCUACGUUUGAGCAGCAAUACCCCACCGACAAAUUUGAGGUCAUUAUGAGUGUACGUUCCCACAACGACCAAGCCCUGAGCGUAGCACAACAAGUGGCUUCACGAUACCCGCACAUUGCGCAUACCAUCAUUGUGGGCGAUAUGGAAGCUGGCGUCAAUCCCAAGAUCAACAAUUUGGUCCGUGGCUAUGCUUCUGCCAAGUUUGACAUUGUCUGGGUGGUAGACAGCCAAGUAUGGCUGAGCCCUUGGGCCAUGGGACGGGCUGUAGAUGCCUUGUUGCUUCCACCUCCUACACCCUCACCCACCCUGCUACAUCGUAAGCCGCAUGGUGAUCGUGUGGGUAUGGUGCAUCAUGUUCCGCUCGGCGUGCUACCUGCUGAUACCUGGGCCUCGCAUGUGGAACGUGUGUUCCUCAGUACGACGCAUGCGAAAAUGUAUUUGGCCAUCAAUGCCGUGGCUGUGGAUAGCUGUGUGAUGGGCAAAAGCAACAUGUACCGCAAGAGUGACUUGGAGCGUGUACCUGACUCGUUCUUCCACUACGAUCCGCACGAUGCCGGGAUCGGCAGUCGUGCCUUUGAGCACGCCAGGCAAGGCGAUGCCGACGAUGUGGUGCGCACCAGUGCCAGGCCUCUGGCCCGGUUUGGCAUUUAUUUGGCGGAAGACAAUAUGCUAGCGCUUAGUUUAUGGCGUCCGCCUGUGCAGCUGGCCCAUCGAAUCUCGCCUGGCGAUGUGGCGCAAGUGGCUGUGGGCGAUAUUCAGACCCUGGCCGAGUAUGCCAAGCGGCGUAUGCGCUGGAUCCGUGUACGCCGUCAUAUGGUGCCAGAGGCUACGUACGUCGAGCCGUUCACCGAGAGUCUUGUGGCGGGACUGUGUGGUUGGUGGGGCGUGUAUGUGUGGCUCCUUGCGCCGUGGUUCGGCCCUCUAUCGCAUCCGUGGAUCGCAUUUGUAGGCUUCUAUGCCCUGCAUUUGUUCGCUUGGUACCAAGUGGACAUGAGUGUAUUUGCUUCGCUGCGUCGUAGCGAGCCGCUGCCAGAUGCCGAGAAGCACUAUGUAUGGGGCGCGUGGUGCCUACGUGAACUCUUAGCCCUGCCCAUCUGGGCUCUACGGUGA